CCUUUGCUUCCCCCGUGGCUGACCCCCUCCUCCACCGUCCCACGCUCCCUUCGGGCACCGCCCCUCGUGCGGUGGCGCCGCCUCCCCUCCUAGCCGGCCCGGCCCCAGCGCUGGGUCCCGGGUUUCCCGAGCCUGCAGCGGAGCAGCCACCUGGCGUUUCGGGACGCGGCCGCAGUUAGGCGGACGCUAUGGCCGAGGAGCGGGACGUGUUUCCGAGAGCCCGGGGCAGGACGCUGAGCGUCUGUCGUGAAGAUGAUGAAGGUCAAUGGAAAGCCCCUUUCUACUUCAUCCAAGGAGCGGAUCCUCAGUUUGGACUGAUGAAAGCCUGGGCAAUUGGUGACUGUGACAAUGGAGGUGAUGAAUGGGAAGAGGAGAUCAAAUUAACAGAGCAAGCUGUGCAAGCCAUUAACCAGUUAAACCCCAAGCCCAAGUUCUUUGUACUGUGUGGUGACCUCAUACAUGGUAUGCCAGGAACUCAGUGGCGAAAGGACCAAGAACAAGAUUUGAAAAAUGUCCUGAAGAACAUUGACCAAGACAUUCCAUUGGUAUUUGUCAGCGGAAAUCAUGAUAUCGGCAAUGUUCCAACACCUGAAACAAUAGAUGAUUAUUGCAAGCACUGGGGAGAUGAUUACUUCAGUUUUUGGGUUGGAGGAGUUUUCUUUCUUGUGCUUAACUCACAGUUAUAUUUUGAUUCCUCUAAAUGUCCUGAGUUAAAGCAGGCCCAAGAUGAGUGGCUUGAUGCACAACUGGCUGUAGCUGAAAAACAGACGUGUAAACAUGUAAUAGUAUUUCAGCAUAUUCCUCUAUUUCUACAAAACCCGGAUGAAGACCAUGACUAUUUUAACUUGGAGAAGUCGGUUCGGCAGGAGCUGAUGGAAAAGUUUCAUAAAGCAGGCAUUAAAGCUGUAUUUUCUGGACACUACCAUAGAAAUGCCGGAGGGUCCUACAAGGAUCUAGAGAUGGUGGUUUCAUCAGCAAUCGGAUGUCAACUGGGAGAAGAUACCCAUGGGCUUAGAGUGGUCAUUGUCACAGCUGAGAAGAUUGUUCAUAGAUACUGCAGUUUAAAUGAUCUGAGUAGCCUAGGAAUAGAAAAAGAGCUGAUGGAUUUGAUUAAGCAAAAUUAGCCAUUUUCUAACUAUGACAAGUCUCCAGUUUAUUUUUAAUUCACAUUUUUUAUUUCCCAGAUAGAAACACUAGCUAAGCAAAAACAAAAAAGCCUACUGUGGGCUGAAGAUGAUUCCCAAUUGUGUAUUAUGCACCAAAAUAGUUGUCUCAACUCAUUACCAUCCUAAAUAACAAAGCAGAAAAGUAUGCAGAGAUAUUUAUACCUUUGAGGGGAAAUGAAACCAAUUAUAAUAUGAAAAAUAAUAGAGGUAAUGCUAUCACUAUUGAUUUUGUAAUGGGAAAGAGCUGUUCUGAGGGUUAGCUGCUCUAUUCCUGGAUCAGACUUUUAUAGCAUAUCCAUGAGUAGGAGCAGUGGCUUCUGGAUGACAAACUCAACUCUAGUUCACCCUUCUGUUCUAGUUUGAUGGCCCACAAGAUACAUCUCAAAACCAUUAUACUUAAUGUUCUCUAUUAAAUGCUUGGUAAUCCUCCAGAAAGUGACAAAGUAAAUGGCAUGUUCGUAUUCAGUAUGGGCUAAUCCAAAGCCCUUUGAAGUCAGAGGGAAGACUUCCAUUGACUUCAAUGAGUUUUGGAUCUCACCCUAUUUCUGCUUCCUUCCAGUUGAUGUCAUCUCCCAUCCCAAGCCUUUAUCUUCAGAACUACUACAGCAAUCAGAGCAAGCUGGAUUCUUCUCUGCCUAGCAAAUCACCAUUGUGGGUGCUAUAAGAGAGACAAGACUCAUAAUUUGAGUCUGCAGGAGUGGAGGUUAGAAAAGCCUGUAAACUAAGAAAAUAUAAUAGGAAAACCAUAAAGAGAAACUAAAUAUAGAAGAGUCAUUUUACUGUUGCCUCUUGGCAUUUAACUGCAAUUAAAUUUGCUAUUGAGAGUUCCCUGUAAGAGCAUAUCCUCUUUAGAAAACAGCUGACUCCUAGACAAAGGGAGAUUUAUGAAUGUCCAGUUCUACCAAACUAAAUUGCAGAAGCUCAAAAACUGCCUAUGCUGUAUAUUCUUUUUAAAGAAAAAAGACUAUAAUAUAUAUAUUGUUUUAGUCUAGGACAUAGUUUAAAAGAUUCGCUAAGUACAAUAUAAAGUUCCCAAACAUCCUGAAAGAGAUUUUUGGUCAAUGUAGCACAGGGGCGGGCAAACUUUUUGGCCUGAGGGCCACAACGAGUUUCUGAAAUUAUAUGGAGGGCCGGUUAGGGAAGGCUGUGCCUCCCCAAACAACCAGGCGUGGCCCAGCUCCUGCCCCAUAUCUGACCCCCCCUGUUUCUCGCCCCCUGCCCUCUAUCCAACCCCCCCUACUCCCUGCCCCCUUACCGCGCUGCCUGGAGCACCGGUGGCUGAUGGUGCUGCAGCUGCACCGCCCAGCUGUGGCCAGCCGCAGCACAGAGCACCGGGUCAGGCAGCACAGCUGCUGAGCCGUGAGCUGGCAAGAGCUCGCAGCCCCGCUGUCCAGAGCAUUGCACCAGUGACGCAGUAAGCUGAGGCUGCAGGGGAGGGGCCGGGGGCUAGCCUCCCAGGCCAAGAGCUCAGGGGCCAGGCAGGAGGGUCGGCCGUAGUUUUCCCACCUCUGGUAUAGAGCCUCCAAGCGGCCUUACUUAGUUAGAUAUUGUUUUAAUAGUCUGGUUUUUCAAGAAGCCACCUCAGAUUUGGCAGCUAAAGUCCUUCACCAAGGCUAAGGAACAGAUUUAUAAAGUUAUUUAGGCUUGAUUUUCAAAAGUAUCUAGGUGCCUAACUUCCACUGAUUUCAAUAGUAGUUAGGCACCUAGUAGAAUUUUCAAAAGUGCCUAUCUGUAGCUUUAGGCACUUAAAAAUCUGGCCCCAAAUGUGUUGAGGUUUCUUUAUCCUUACUGCUAGUUAAUGCUGUAGAGUGGUGCUCCCCUUACAGUUUGUUGCAGAAGGAAGGGUAUUCCACUGUUACUUAUAUCGUUUAAGUAUGUCCGUUCAGGUUAUGGCUCGCGGAAAGAACGGAGAGUAUGAUAGGCACUGGAUGGUUCUGUUGGUCUUGCCCUAUAUAGUAGAGUGGGCAGAAAAGAAAUAAGGUGGGCCAUUUAAUUGUGAGGGUGAUAUUUGGGAGAGCCAAGAUAGAUUUGAAAAGAGCGGUUUUCCAUAAACACGAGAAAUUAAUAGAAUGGGUAUGAAUAGGAGUGGUUCUAAAAAUUUUAGAAUUUAUGAUUUCAUAAAUGAUUAUAUACACACACAUGUGGAAUUAUAAGGCAUGAAUGUGUUUAUGCAGAACCAUUUUACCUAUACAAACUCAUAACUCAAAUUUCAACAUUAAUUCAUAUUGUAUAAAUAAUUCCAAGUUUGCUUUUUAUAAGAGAGAUUUUUUUACCAUAAAUUGUCUACUGUUUUCUCACUAAAGAGUAUUACUACACUGUAAAAUCUUUUAAAAUCCAAUUUAAAUUUUAUGUUCCAAAUUCAUGAUUGAGUGAAGUAUAAGAAGCUUCAAGAAUUAUACAUCACUCAUACAGUCUACCAUGAGAAAUAAAUAUACUGUAUAAAUCAGGGC